AUGUCCACCUACCGCGAGCCAAAGCCUCCACCACGCCGGCGUUCCCGGAGCCAAAACGGUAACAGUAGUCCGCUCCCACGCAAUGAAUCAGAUUACGACGUACCCGCUCCUGAACCCAAGAAGCAUCUCAGCAGUCUUGAGGGCCACAUUGUAGCAGCCAGUGGAGAGUUUGUCGGCACCUUCAUGUUCCUCUUCUUUGCUUUUUCUGGUCAACUCAUGAUCACCAAUCAAGCCAGUGAUCGUUCGAUUCUCAACGGCGGUACGAGCAGUCAGCAGAAUAUCUUCACAGCCUUGGUGUAUGGCUUCAGUUUGUUGGUAAAUGUUUGGGCUUUCUUUCGGAUCAGCGGAGGAUUGUUCAACCCUGCGGUAACGAUUGGUAUGGUGGUUGCCGGUCAACUUCCCUUUAUACGGUCACUCUUUCUCUUUCCCGCUCAACUACUCGCAUGCAUGUGCGCCGGUGGACUCGUCGAAUGCAUGUUUCCAGGAGAUAUCGGUGUUGUCAACACUUCACUAUCUGGCGGUACCUCCAUCGCCCAAGGUGUCUUUAUUGAGAUGUUCAUGACCGCCGAGCUCGUGUUCGUCGUUCUGAUGCUAGCCGCCGAGAAGAGCAAAUCUACAUUCAUUGCGCCAAUCGGUAUUGGCCUAGCGCUUUUUGUAGCCAUGAUGGGUGGCGUUUACUUCACGGGCGGAUCACUUAACCCUGCGCGUAGUUUUGGUCCUGCUGUUGCUUCACGAACGUUUGUCAGCUACCACUGGAUAUACUGGAUUGGCCCUAUACUUGGUGCACUCCUUGCUUCGGCAUACUACCGCUUUGUCAAGCACUUCAAUUACGAGCAGGCGAAUCCUGGCCAAGAUUCUGCUGGUGGUCACUUCUCUGCAUGA